UUUGGGUCAAUCACAACAGUCGCGUCUCGCAAAAGCGCAGCCGUCCUUCUGGACCCACGCGUGUUUCCGUAGCUGCGAGAGUAGCCAGCUGUUAGCCGAGGAGCUACCUGAGCGACAGGUAUCUGCCGUCUGACCGAAAACAUCCGAGCAAGUCCCGCACAGCCGCAGAAAACAGCGGCCGUCGGGUGGUCGCGGCUCGGGUAGUGUCGCAGCUUCAGCUCGUUUCUCAUCAUUAGCUCCGCGACACACGCUGGUUUAGCCGGAGGUGGCUAGCUGCUUAGCUAACGUCGCACGCGGAAAAUCGGCAUCGGUUCGCGGAGCCGCCGCUGCUGCGGGGACCGACACACCGGCACAGACACACCGGCACAGACACGAUGAACGUCGCCAAAAGCGGGUAUCGAGUCUUCUCGGCUAACUCGUCCGCAGCCUGCACAGAACUGGCCAAGAAGAUCACAGAGAGGCUGGGAGUGGAGCUGGGGAAGUCUGUUGUCUUCCAGGAGUCUAACAGAGAGACGAGAGUGGAUGUAAAAGAAUCUGUUCGGGGACAAACUAUCUUCAUCAUCCAGACAAUACCAAGAGAUGUCAACACAGCCAUCAUGGAGCUGCUGGUCAUGGCUUACGCCCUGAAGACGUCCUGUGCAAAGAACAUCAUCGGAGUUAUUCCUUACUUCCCCUACAGCAAGCAGUGCAAGAUGAGAAAGAGGGGCUCGAUUGUGUGCAAGCUGUUAGCGUCAAUGUUGGCCAAAGCAGGAUUAACACACAUCAUUACCAUGGACCUGCAUCAGAAGGAGAUCCAAGGCUUCUUCAGCUUUCCAGUGGACAACCUGCGUGCCUCGCCUUUUUUGAUACAGUACAUCCAAGAGGAGAUUCCUGAUUAUCGAAAUGCCAUCAUUGUAGCAAAGUCCCCAGCAGCAGCAAAAAGGGCUCAGUCCUACGCAGAGCGCCUGCGUUUGGGUCUGGCUGUGAUUCACGGCGAGGCGCAGUGUUCAGAGUCUGACAUGGCCGACGGUCGCCACUCACCACCAUGUGUACGCAACACCACCGGACACACAGGACUGGAGCUACCUUCAGGCAAACAACAAGCCCCGUUCCCUGGCAUAGAGCUCCCAAUGAUGAUGGCCAAGGAGAAACCUCCCAUCACUGUAGUCGGAGACGUAGGAGGGAGAAUUGCCAUCAUUGUGGAUGAUAUAAUAGAUGAUGUCGGAGACUUUGUUGCAGCUGCAGAGAUCCUGAAAGAAAGAGGAGCCUAUAAAAUUUUCAUCAUGGCCACACAUGGUUUACUGUCUGCUGAUGCUCCACGCCUCAUAGAGGAGUCAGCCAUUGAUGAGGUGGUGGUCACCAACACCGUCCCCCAUGAGGUACAGAAGCUACAGUGUCCCAAAAUCAAGACCGUGGAUGUCAGCAUGAUUCUGGCUGAAGCUAUUCGCCGCAUCCACAACGGAGAGUCCAUGGCUUACUUGUUCCGUAACAUCACUGUGGACGACUAGAGUCCCAGACAGUGAAGAGUGAGGUGGGUCUGACAGUGACUGAGCGCCGGUGCACUUCUUCUCAGUCCUGUUAAGAAAAACAUGCUAAUGCCAUGUUCCAUGUGCUCUCUGUUGUCUAAAGGAUCUCAUGUGUCCUAAUAACGUAGAAGAAAAUGAAAUGUGAGAAAAUACUCAAUGUUAUUUAUCUUUCCUAAAUGAUUUCAGAAAUGCAUCUUAUGCAUUAGGUUAAGGAUGAUUUGAGCUUGAAUGAUUUUAGUCAGAUUCCGAAGCCUUGGUUCUUUACAAUGUUUUGCUGCUGUCAUUGAUUUUCCCAACAUAAACAACAGAUGCUUUUAAUUUAAAAAUCUAUUUUGUCACACACUGCGGUACCUCAUAUUAAUGAUUCAAAGAGAGUUCAUCUGCAAAACAGACAAGGUAACAGGUAUUUCCCUGAUGCUCUUGCUAGCCCUGAUCGGGGGUGCUUAGCACUGUGAUAAAAUGCAUUUAAUGCGACUUGUAGUUCCAGACUACUGGACUAACUCCUGCUCAUUAACUACUGAAUAUUUAUUAUGCAGCUUUUUUUGAAGGAGCAUUUGGCAAAAGUUCAUCUGCAGAAGCGAAUGGGCCGUCCGUUUACAUUGUCUUUUAUUAGAUGGUCUGUUCAAAUGAGAUAUAACAACUCACCAUUUAGCAAUACCUAAUUUAAAAUAUGGUUUAGGUUUUGUUUGCAGCUAUUUCAAGGAAUCUUCCUUUGAGAUUCUCACUAUUACCUUAGGAGAUGUGAAUGGGACUCCGGGUUUUUAAUGUUAAGAUUUAAAGAUGACAUUUGACAAAAACAAAACCUACCAGCUGUGAACUGUGGAAAAACAAGUAUUUAAAGUAUUUAAUGACCACAAAUGAAAUGUACCUCUGUUGUAUUGUGGUCACAACAGACCUAACAGUGAAUGGUUACAUAUUACUGGCAAUAAAUAGAAUAGAAAAUGAGUUAUUGGUGAUUGGGUGAAGUAAACCUUUAAUGUACAACAAAUUGACUGAACAUGCAUAGAACAGCAUACUGUGCUAAAUAACCGACUGAAGGUAGAUAUUGCAUAUCAAAGCCAAAAGGACUGUUUGGUUUUCUCCAUGUUUUUUAAGUUUACGACAGAGAUUGCACCAACCUGCUUUGAUUUGUUUUGGAGCAGUUACAGUUUCUGGUAACUGUGAGUGAAAGUCUGGAGUUGUAGUGUUUGGUUAAAAGCUGCAAACUACAAGCAGGCUACAGAGUUAAGUUCUGGAAGUUGCCCGGAGCAAGAGCCGUUUUCAUUUUGUUCUCUGUACGCAUUUAGAAUUUUUAGUUCCUGAAUGGACUCUUGGCACUUUAAUAAAAAUAGGCUCUGAACUGAUCCAUGCUUUCAGCCAUCACUGUGCAUUGCAAAUUCCAGUUAGAUGGCCGACUUGCUCUUAAGGUUUUUUUUAUGCACUAUUAAUGAGAAUGGAAACCAAUGCCUUUCUGGAAGAGGGAAACAUUAUCAGCAGCAGUUUGUAGUAAGUUGGUAAAAACAUGUGAACAGCCGGAUGGUCCUGGGCCCUGUUCAGACCUGGUAUUAAUGAAUGAAUGAAUUGUGUGUAACUCCGCUAUAAAGAAAGAUUUACCCCAAAAAUAAUAAAUCAUUAAGUUUUGCUGUUGACAAACAAAUCCUGUGUUGACACUGAGAAAUGUAAAAAUAUUUAAAAUUCAUGUUGUGGGUCAGAGGACGUCAGAGGACGUCAGGGGACAAAUAGACAACACCCAGAUGUGAUCAGGUCUUCACACAUGUGAUCAGCUAACUAAGGACGGAUGUUAACACCAUGUCUGAUCAGGUUUUACAUGUAGGUUUCUAAAUGACUGUCGUGUCUCCCUAUAAGAACUGAACACGUGCACCUUCCUGUGCCCUCUGAGUAAAUGUCAGAGAGAAGCUUAAGGGGAACUUAGUGACUUCAGUGUGUCUAUGCUGAUUGACCCUUUUGCUCAGGGAAAUAUGCUUUACAAGCUAAUGCACACAUAUUUGUAUUUGCAUCCAAAGUUUGAGAUUGGCUUCCAUGCAGCUGUCCUGUACAACGUUUGCUUUUCACCAUGUGUUGAGUUUUGCUGGAAUCCUCCUCAUGUACCAACAGUUUGAUGCUUGAUGCACACGCUGGUGUUGUGUUGAAGUUAUGCUCAUACUGUAAAUGUCAUGAUGUCCUCUCUGUGUGUUCUCCCCCCCCCCCGUCUGCCUCUAAACCGUUCGUUAUUGUCUAUAAAAAUAAAACUGUUCCCUCUUGUGCAUUGUCUUGAAACAGCAAAACUAUUACUGUUCUUUGGUGAAUAAUCAGACGCAGACCAUGAUGUUUCCAUAUCAUAGCAAAAAUCUUACUUUAUAAGUUUCAGUUUUCAAGGUCAAUAUUUAAUUUCAGUGCAGAAUAAAAGGGAAAAAAAAGACAUAUAUUGAAAUACAUAUAUUUUAAGCCAU